AUGGCGGCCAACAAGUACUCGGUCAUCCUCCCGACCUACAAUGAGCGCCACAACCUCCCUAUCGUCACCUGGCUGCUGAACCGCACCUUCACCGAGCACAAGCUCGAUUGGGAACUCAUCAUCGUCGACGACGGCUCUCCUGACGGAACCCAAGACGUCGCCAACCAGCUCGUCAAGGCCUACUCUCCUCACGUCGUGCUCAAGACUCGCUCGGGCAAGCUCGGCCUCGGCACGGCGUACGUGCACGGCCUGCAGUUCACGACGGGCAACUUCGUCAUCAUCAUGGACGCCGACUUCAGCCACCACCCCAAGUUCAUCCCGCAGAUGGUCGCCAAGCAGAAGGAGGGCAACUACGACAUCGUCACGGGCACGCGGUACGCGGGCAACGGCGGCGUCUACGGCUGGGACCUCAAGCGCAAGUUCGUGUCGCGCGGCGCCAACCUGUUCGCCGACACGGUGCUGCGGCCCGGCGUCAGCGACCUCACGGGCAGUUUCCGCCUGUACAAGAGGAGCGUGCUGGAGAAGGUGAUUUCGAGCACCGAGAGCAAGGGAUAUACUUUCCAGAUGGAGAUGAUGGUUCGCGCCAAGGCUAUGGGGUGCUCUGUCGCUGAGGUGCCUAUUACUUUUGUCGACCGUAUCUACGGUGAUAGUAAGCUUGGUGGAGACGAGAUUGUGGAGUAUGCCAAGGGCGUGUUGUCUCUCUGGCUCAAGGUCUAG